AUGGGAAGUGCAGAGGGACCAGACGUAAAACCACAUUUACCAAUGGCGGAGAACGAUAAGAAAUCCAUCAAGAGCAUUCUGAAGAAGCCGUUCCAGGUGCUCUUCCAAAAGGACAAAAAGAAAGAAAAGAAACAGGUGAUUGUUGAAGAGCAGAAGCCUGCUGCAAUUAAAUCGCCGCCAAAAGUAACGCCCGUGUCGGUACUUCUGGAAAACUUUCAGAAGUUACAAAUAGACAAGAAGAAGGAAGAAGACGAAGAGGACGAGUUCAAAAACUUCUCCUUCAAAGUUGUAGAAGAGGAAAAUGAUAGAACGCAAGUUCGGGCCGACUCGCACUCUUCUAAAGACAGCGGUUUCUCUGAGAAAAGCACCACAGAAGCCGAUUCAGAAGAUGAGAAAGAGAAACAGUUGAUAGACGCGCUGAAAGACCUGACAGUGGAAACGAAAGAUGAAAAGGAGAAAAAGAAAAGAAAGAUUCAAACUGUGUUUGUUUCAAGAGGUCCCAUUAGGAAUAAAGUAGGUGAUCAUGGAGCUUCGUCGCAUCCAUAUAAUGCGGGACACCAGACGACAGCCGAGAAUGUCUACAGACAGAUAAACCAAAUCAACAGGCAAACUUUCUCCGGUGGCCAAGUGCUCACCAAAUGCACACCAACAGACUACUUGUCCGAAAUCAACUACGUAUUAAACCAGGUGGAGAAGAAUGUGCAGAACUCCGCCCAGAACUCCGUACAAGAGCAGGAAAGCAACUGGCAAGUCGCCAUGGAGUUUCUCGAGAAAUCCACGGAGCCCAAGAACAUCCUACACGACUUCCCGCAAACACAGUUGACCCAGGACUUCAGCGUCGUAAACAGCUACCAACCAAGCUUACCGGAACCGAACCCGAUCGAGGAGUUCUCGAACGCAAACCACGCGGCGUACGAUGAGUUCACCGAAUUAGGAUUUACAUCGAUAACCGAUUACGUCGAAGAGGACAACACUAGUCGGAUAGAUAAGACAUCGAUAUUCCCGACGCCGCCGCGUUCGGAAAACAUACCCAGCCCUAUGUCGGACACUGCCUAUAAUCAGUCCCACUCGGAGUACACUUUAUCCCCCGAACUAUCUUCCCCACUCUCCAAUAGUGAUAAUGAAAAAUAUCAAGAUAUUGCGCCAUUCGAGAUGAGCCAACAGGACUAUCCAAGUUGUGUCACCGAUAUGGAAGGCGACACUUUCGACAGAUCCAGGAAGGAAAGGACCUCGACCUCAUCGAUGACUAUGAAGCAGUACAAAGACAUGCAAAAGGACAUAUCGUCAAGUUUCUCCAAGAAGGAAUGCUGCCAGAUUAGCAGGAAGACCUGCAAGCAGAUAUUCCUAGAGCAUAUGGAGAAACUAAAGAUGGAAGAUAGGCGCGAUCUAUGCGUGAAAGUCGCGGGUCUGGAUUUGAAGACUGCUUAUGGAGUACUCCAUCAUAUCUUAAGAAGUCUGUCAACGAGCGAGAAAGAAGAAGAUUUGCAACUGGCUCUCUUCAAUCUCAUAUGUGAACGGGUGUUGGCGCAGAAACCCUCGCUAUUCGUGAGCGAUUUCGGUCUAAAUCUAAUCAAGCUGUCCGCUCUACGGUGCUAUCGACGACCCUUACUGACUCGCUAUCUAGUGCAGUGCGUGAGGAAAGCACUACGCAGCAACGACCUCCCCCACGGCACUGAACACGUUUUUCAUGAGGUGGACGCCCUCGGUGAUAAUCUGGUGAUAGCUUGCGUGAGAGCUGGUGAUGUUUGCGCGGACGCGUUGAGUGAACUGGUACGGAAGGAAGCCAGUGAGAUACCGCUGUUUGAUAUCCACCACGUGAAUACCGAAGGGUACACAGCACUGCACGUAGCUUGCAGUCUCCACAGUGCAGAGAGUCCGAAGGUGCACAUACUGCACGUGUUGCUGCAGCACGGGGAUGCUGAUGUUUGGAAAGGGGACGUGAAGGGUGGCGAUACAUCGCUCCACUUGGCGAUCAACUCGCCCACGUGCGAUCUGCGCCUCGUCAUGAUCAUAUUCCGCCACAUCGACCGCAAGCUGUGGAAGCGACUUGCCCACGCGCAUAACAGAAGUUCAGUGACGCCAUUGGAAUACGCGCGGUCGGCGGUCAAGUCGACCACGAGACAGAACUACCCGCACGAAGUGUUGGAGUUUUUGAAGAAGUGCCGUUGA